AAAUCAAAUGGCCGGACGUGAAGCCGUGAAGCGAGCCGUGCAGCAGGUGCGUCCCAUCCUGUCCGUGGACCGGGAGGAGGCCCGCAAACGCGCCCUCAAUCUGUACAAGGCCUGGUACCGCCAGAUUCCCUACAUCGUCAUGGACUACGACAUCCCCAUGACCGUGGAGCAGUGCCGUGACAAGCUGCGCGAAGAGUUCGUCAAGCAUCGCAAUGUGACCGACAUCCGGGUGAUCGACAUGCUGGUCAUCAAGGGCCAAAUGGAGCUUAAGGAAUCCGUGGAGAUCUGGAAACAGAAGGGCCAUAUCAUGCGCUACUGGAAAGAAUCGCAGGAUCCCAAGCCCACCGACUUCCUCUCAAAAUUCAUCCAGGGUGUUAAUUAGUUAUUCAAAUUGAAAUAGUUUAAAUACAAACUCCGACAGAGUGUAAAACGAAA